AUGCGCCAGCCACUCUCUCGAUUCAUUACCAGCCUGCACCAAAAUCCACUUAUCAAAUCAUUCUCAACCACACCUGCCCGCUAUGCUGCCCGAGUAAUUUCACGAUCUCCUGAAUUCGCAAAGCUCACCGAUGCAGACAUUCAAUUCUUCAAUUCGGUCUUGCCAACUCCGGGCUCGGUAUUGACAAGCUCAGAUGAUGUUGCUCCUUAUGGUGUAGAUUGGAUGAAAAAGUAUCAGGCACGUCCUGGUGACAAUCUGACUGCAGUGCUCAGACCGUCAACAACAGAACAAGUAUCGCAGAUACUCAAACACUGCAAUGAACGAAAGAUUGCUGUAGUUCCUCAGGGUGGAAAUACUGGACUGGUUGGAGGCUCGAUACCUGUAUUCGAUGAAGUCGUGCUAAGCACACAGAAAAUGGAUGGUAUAUACGCAUUCGACGAAAUAUCGGGUAUCGUCACUUGUGGUGCUGGUGCCAUCUUGGAAAAAUUGGACUUGUGGUUGGCUGAGAAAGGAUACAUGUGUCCAUUGGACUUGGGUGCCAAGGGAUCGUGUCAUAUAGGAGGAAACGUCGCAACGAAUGCUGGAUUGGAGAUAGUUUUACCAGACGGUCGUAUUUUGGAUUUGCUAUCUACGUUAAGAAAGGACAAUACUGGAACAAUUGGCCUAAUCACCGGCGUGUCAAUCCUAACACCCCGCCGCCCAUCAUCCGUCCAAGUCGCAACCCUCGCAGCUCCCUCCUUCGAAGCAGUCCAACAAAUAUACCUAAAGACUCGUGCAGCACUAGGUGAAAUCCUCUCUGCAUACGAAUUCUUUGACUCUGGAUCUGCCAAACUCGUAGCACACCACCUACCAUCCGUUCGACAUCCAUUCGAACAACAUCCUGAAUUCUAUGUCUUGAUCGAAACCCAGGGCAGCUCUGAAGAACAUGAUGCUGAGAAAUUGAGUGGGCUCUUGACUGAUUUGAUGGAUUCUGGACUUGUUACGGAUGGUGCUUUGGCACAAGACACUACACAGUUUCACUCCAUGUGGAAGGCUAGGGAGGGGAUUCCAGAAGCUUGUUCGAAGGAAGGUGGUAACCUCAAGUAUGAUUUGUCUGUACCUGUUCCAGCCUUGUAUUCAAUCGUUACGGAUAUGCGAGAGCGUCUUGCAUCGAAGGGACUUUACAAACCAGAUGGAUCUGGUCAAGUCUCUCAUGUUGUUGGAUUUGGUCAUCUUGGAGAUGGAAACUUGCACUUGAACAUUACUCAGAAAGGUGGUGUAUUCCAUCCUGAAGUUGCAGAUGCUGUCGAACCUUUCGUCUAUGAGCUGGUCAAGAAGCAACGAGGCUCUAUAUCCGCUGAACAUGGGUCUGGACUCAUGAAGGCUCCCUAUCUAACAUAUUCGAAAGGCCCUGAAAACAUACGGGCAAUGAGACAAAUCAAGACCCUGUUUGAUCCUAAUGGGAUUAUGAAUCCGUACAAGUACCUGCCUGAUCACGAUUCUUGA